AUGCAGUCAAGCCUGUCAAGUCUGGGGGUGCUGAGACUGGAGGUGCUGAGCCUGGGGGUGCUGGGUCUGGGGGUGCGGAGCCUGGGGGUGCUAGGUCUGCUCGUGUGGCCGCCGGCGGUACUUCGUCGAGGCGGGAGCCGCUCUCUCCACAGGAGCUGCGCGUGUAGUUUGCUCGCCGCUGGAGACGUGCUGCUGAGUCUGGGGGUGUUGGCGCUGGUGUUUGUACUGGUGCUGGUGCGUCUGGGGGUGCUGCUGAGGCACCUGGUGCUGACGGUCCUACUGGAGUUGGUGCUGCUGGAGCUGGAGGUGCUAGGGGUGUUGGCGCUAGUGUUUCUACUUGUGCUGGAGCGUCUCGGGAUGCUGCUGAGGCAGCUGGUGCUGACGGUCCUACUGGAGUUGGUGCUGCUGGAGCUGGAGCUGCUGGGGGUGUUGGCGCUGGCGGUGCUGCUGGCGCUGGUGCUUCUGAGGGUACUGGAGUUGGCGCUGUUGGAGCUGGAGGUUCUGCUGGCGCUGGUGCUGCCGCUGGGGGUACUGUCACAGUUACCGCCCGCCUCCCCUCUACCUGCUCCUUCUCCCUACACUGGUCCUACUGGAGGUCUUGCUGAGCGUCGUGAGCCUGCGUCUCGUCCUGCGUCACCUGUUCGUGCUGCUCGCACUAGUGGUCGUACUGCGCGUCCGCGUCCUCCUGCGGUCCCCGGCACACACCAGAUGGCAUUGCGUCCUUCCACUGCUCCUCUGCGUGUCCCGUUGCCGUCUCCUCCAGAGUCCUCUCUUCCUUCUCUUGCUGACCCGGAGUCUGACUCCCUUCGUGCUGCUAGUCCUACGGUCACGCGCCUUCUUGCUACUGUCGUCACUGACCCUUCCUUUGAGUCUGUUGCUGCGUCUGCUGUCGUUGCUGAGCUUGGAGACACGGAUGCACUAGACAUCCCGACUCCUCAAUCGUACACUGAGGCGAUCGAGGGUCCCUACUCCUCUCAGUGGCAGUCGGCCAUGGAUGCAGAGAUGGCUUCCUGGAAGUCCACAGGCACCUACGUCGACGAGGUUCCCCCACCUGGGGCGAACAUCGUCAGUGGCAUGUGGAUUUUCAAGGUGAAGCGGCCGUCGGGCUCUCCGUCUGUCUUCAAGGCGCGUUACGUGGCUCGAGGCUUCAGUCAGCGGCAGGGAGUUGACUACUUUCAGACCUUCUCUCCCACCCCGAAGAUGACCACUCUUCGGGUGCUGCUGCACAUAGCCGCUCAGCGCGACUACGAGCUUCACUCUCUUGACUUCAGCACUGCUUUCCUGCAGAGCAGCCUGCACGAGGAGAUCCGGCUGCGCCGCCCUCCUGGCUUCACUGGGUCGUUUCCUCCUGGCACCCAGUGGAGCCUCCGGCGGCCAGUCUACGGUCUCCGCCAGGCGCCCCGUGAGUGGCACGACACACUGAGGACGACCCUUGCGGCUCUUGGCCUUGCUCCUUCUACAGCCGACCCGUCGCUGUUUCUACGCACCGACACCUCUUUGCCGCCGUUCUACAUCCUCGUGUACGUCGACGACCUGGUCUUUGCCACUGCUGACACUGCUGGACUCGCCCACGUGAAGUCCGAGCUGCAGAAGAGACACACGUGCACAGACCUGGGUGAACUGCGCAGCUACCUUGGCUUGCAGAUCACCCGGGACAGAGCACAGCGCACCAUUACCCUGAAUCAGUCACACAUGGUGGAGUAG